AUGAACGCUAUGCAUCAUUCAAUACUUUGCGAGUUCAUGAACACCAUUGGAUUCAUGGUAUUCGGAAACCAUCUCAUACCUCUCGACCCUAACGAGCUUCUGCCUUUUGGAGACCCGAACGGAAACGCCCGGUUCACCGGAUACUACAAUGACACCAUCUCCGUUUUCAGAGCCACAAGGGACAUCGCCAUGGGCGAGGAAAUUCGGAUGUGUCCCUUGCGGCUUAACCCCGCAGCCUUCCCAUUUCUUUCCGCCGCUGGCAGUGCCGCCAGUGGCGGAGCGGUCGACGAAGAAAGACACGUGCAAGUCGACGGGUGCGAAGAUGGCGAGGACGGCGAUGAUGAAGGAAGCAGUAAAAGUGACCAAGACGAGGAAGGACAGGGAACCCUCGAGAUUCCAAAGCCAAAUAAGGGCAAGGGCAAAGCCGUUGAUAUGGAACUCGAUAACGGUGAAGGCCCCAGCAAUUCCAGAGAAGAGUGGCAGGUCAGGGCAGAGGGCCAAGGAGAAGCCCCGAACCUCUACUCUGGAUCCAGAAACAGUCCCCUUUCCUUUCGAGCAGCCUUGGCGCUACCGGCUCCGGGGUUUGCAGGGUCAAGACCUCGUGACCCUCUUACAAUGACCCCGGCCAUCCCGUCUACUGGUAAUCAGCAGCAAAAGAAGGUCGCCAAGUCUGAUAGCGGUGGUGAUGCAGAACAUGUUGAGGAUGUUGCCAACAAAGACGGAGCGAACGAUACGGCCCAAAACAAAAAGUUAGGCCGCACAGCUAGAUUCAAACUGGUCUUGAGGAAGAAAUUUGGAAUCAAAGACAAGCGUGAGGCCGAGCAUAACAAGGAUAACCAAGCUGAAGGCGAACAAAUCGAGGACAGCCAAUCCGGCGUCAAACAUACUGGUGACAGCGAGCCGGCAACCAGUGAACAUCAGGAAUUGGCAGAUUAG